AGUGAUAUAACUCAUAAGCUUCUGAAAGGGCAUAUCCGUAAUCAGCUCAUCGUCUCCCACAACACAAGUAUCUGGUAAUCUCGAACAUUGUAUAAAACCCUUGUUCUCUCCGUUGUUUUGCGAUUCUCCCUGACCCGUUGACGAUGGCUCAAAUGGGAGGCGGGUACCCGCUCUACCCCUUACAACCACCCAUGAUUCCCCCGCCCCAAUAUCAGUUUCAGUUUCAGCCCCAGCCCCAGCCUCUGCCUCUGACUCUACCUCAGUCGUACCCUCAGCAGCAACUCGAGCCUCCGGGAACCGGAAAGCGCCGCCGCGAAGACGGAGACCCAUCGUCUGCCUCGGCGGCUGGGGAGACGGUGGAUUCGGCCGCAAAGCGCCGAGCCGUGGCUUUGGACGUGAUAUUCAGGAUUGUGGUGCCUUCGAGGCAGAUCGGGAAGGUGAUUGGAAAAGUGGGGCAUCGUAUCCAGAAGAUUCGAGAGGACACGAAAGCUACAAUCAAGAUCGCCGAUGCCAUCGCCAGACAUGAAGAGCGAGUGAUUAUCAUAAGUUCUAAAGAAAGUGAAAACGAGAAAUGUGAUGCGGAGAAUGCCCUGCAGCAAAUUGCCAAUUUAAUUCUGAAGGAGGAUGAUAGCAAUGCUGAGGCAUCAAAAGUUGCUGCAGGACAUGUAGCCGCCAAUACAAUAAGGAUUUUGAUUGCCGGGUCCCAAGCAGGUUCGUUAAUUGGAAUGUCUGGUCAAAAUAUCGAGAAAUUGAGGAAUUCUUCUGGUGCUACAAUCACGGUACUCGCACAAAAUCAGUUGCCUUUGUGUGCAUCAGCUUAUGAAUCUGAUAGAGUUGUGCAGAUAUCAGGUGAUGUUCCUGCAGUGCUGAAGGCUCUAGAAGAGAUUGGUCAUCAACUCAGGGAAAACCCACCCCGUCAAGUGAUUUCUAUUAGUCCAACAUACAAUUAUAGCUUAAUUCGGCCAACCCAACCAGUUGUGGACCCAACUUCAGCUGACUAUGUUACGUUCGAGAUGAUGAUUUCGGAAACUUUUGUUGGUGGUUUGAUUGGAAGAUGCGGCUCCAACAUAUCAAGGAUCAGAAGUGAGUCUGGAGCCAUGAUCAAGGUUUAUGGGGGAAAAGGGGAACAGAAACAUAGGCAAAUCCAAUUUGGCGGUAGUGCUCAGCAGGUGGCAUUGGCAAAGCUGAGAGUUGAUGAAUACAUUUACUCUCAGAUGAUACAACAAGCUGGUGCUCAACAAUCAACUUAACCGAGAUGAUAAGUUGGGAAAACCAGGGGACCGCUGGCAUCCAUCCUAACAUUUACCCUGUAAAUCCACUUAUAUUCUCCAUAUGCUUAUCUGGUAGCUAUCUGGUGCCUGUUUCUUCCUUACUGGAACAAUUAUGUAUUGGUUUUGAAUUCCUAGUGCUUUUGUUAUAGAGUAACCUUGGGUUGAAUUUCUUGCAUGGAAUGGCUUUGGAAAGUGGACUAUGAUGGUAUUUUACUAUCGCACUUGCAUGGCACUGGUAUUUUACUGGUAUUGUUAUCCCAAAAACUCUGUAGCAUUAAUGAUACAAAUGAUGCCAAAGAUUAGAGAUGA